AUGGACACACAUAGCUUCAACACCGAUGAUAGCAAGAGGGGACAUCCUCACUAUGAUUCGCGUAAAGACGAGCAAUCUACAGAGUACACGACCACCUACACCUCUGGGACAACCUCCUCGAGAUCCUUCACCAUGGGAGUCGGAACAGGCACGUCUCCGCUCAGCUCCCUACAGCAGCGACGCCAGCCUGAUCUUGGCUUCCGCAAUCAACUGGGAACUGAUUUGGGGGACACUACACGUACAUCAUGGCGUACACAGUCAACAUCCACAAGAUAUAACGAGUCGCCUUCCGACUUUAGAGAAAGGCAUCUUAUGGCCCACGCCGAGGAUGAGAAGAGAUUCAAGAAGCAUAUAGAUCGGGAUUUUGCUAUUUUCUUCUGUUUCUUCGCCUUUGUCCUCGUUAUUGUUCUUGGUAGCUAUGUCUGGGGUCAUUUUGGUGGAGGCGAGGCAAGCAGUAAGCAGGGAAGCCCGGCUGUUACCCAUCACAGCAGCUGGGCCGUCUGGAUUCCUCUGGGCCCUCUAUGGGUUGGAUACGGCUCGGAAGGUUUCUUGUGGAGUUUUUCUUUGUCAUUCUCGUUUUGA